GUCCCGGAGCGGAGGCAGCGUUGCGGUGAUGGCGGGGCUGGGGUAGCAGCGUGCGCGGCGGGGAGCCGGGACGUGGGCCUGUGCAGGGUGGUGACAGGCGCCCGGGUGGCUCGUUCCUUGUCCCUGCCCAGGCGCCUGAUAUUGUCAUGAUACUCGGUAAUGGAACAACUGCAAGAUCCGGUUAUGCAAGAAGAUGCAAAUAUUAAAGCUAUUAAUGAAGAGUACAGGAAAGCCUUUAUUUUUAUCAAUAAAGGACUGAAUACAGAUGAACUGGGACAGAAGGAAGAGGCAAGAAGUUACUACAAGCAGGGGCUUGAGCACUUGCUCCGAGGUGUUAGCAUUCCAUCGCAGGGUCCUGCAUGUGUAGGAUCCCAGUGGGAGUCUGCCAGGCAAAUGCAACAGAAGAUGAGGGAGACCCUCCAAAAUGUUCAGGCUCGACUUGGCAUUCUAGAUCAAAACACCCCACCUGUACAAGCAAGCCCUGCUGCCAUGGAUGCCCCUGCUGGGGUACCCAAGUUGUACCCAUCCAUUCCUCCCAAAGAAAAACCGGAAAGACCACCAGCCCCUAAUUCUCUGUUGGUACCAAGUCAGCCGCCCACAGCAGAUAGAAGCAUUGCAGCUGUGAGCCAGGGACAAAUUCCAGCUGUGAGUCCAUCACCUGCAAAACCUCUUUGUCUGCCAAAUGAAGCACCUCCUGCCUAUACCCCUCGAGCUACCAAUGGCCAUUUUACUGUGUCUUAUGGCACGGACUCUGGGGAGUUUUCUUCUGUAGGUGAGGACUACUACAGUAAGUGUACUCAGCCACCUCCCCUUGAAAACCUGGGAGUGGAUGCAGAUGAGCUGAUUUUGAUUCCCCGAGGAGUACAGCUGUUCUUUGUGACUCCUGAUGGGCAGGUUAGUGCUCCUUCGUACCCUGGAUAUCUACGCAUUGUGAAGUUCUUGGAUGCAGAUAGUGAGACAGCCCAGAAUCGUCCACCUGCGUUUCUUCAGGUUUGUGACUGGUUGUAUCCUCUAAUGUGUAACCAGUCUCCUGUUCUGUGUUGCAAUACUGGAGUCUACAUGUUCCCUGACAUGAUGUCUCAGGUACCAGGAUCCUACGUGGGAGUAGUGUUGUCUUCAGAACUCCCAGAAGCUGACAGAGAGCUGUUUGAGGAUCUCUUAAAACAGAUGUCCAACCUUCGCAUCCAGGUGCCAGGAUCCCAUGAGAGAGUAGGGUUAUCUUCAGAGCUCCCAGCAACUGAGAGAGCACAUUUUGAAGAUAAAUUUAAACAGAUGUCUGUCCACAAAGUCCAGCCUUCCGAAGCCUCCAGUGAUGCCAUUAACUUGCCUCAGACUGUACAUAUCCAACCAGAACCCGAAGGAGCAGAAAAUCAGAAAGAGUUGCCAGAAUGGAGUGAGAGAGUUGCCCACGGAAUUUUGUCAGGUGCAUCUUGGGUAAGCUGGGGCCUAAUGAAAGGAGCAGAAUAUACUGGUAAAGCUAUCCACAAAGGAGCUUCAAAACUGCGAGAACACAUUCAACCAGAAGAAAAACCUCUGGAAGUCAACCCAACUGUAGCAAAGGGGCUUCAUGUAGCAAAACAGGCUACUGGAGGAGCUGUGAAAGUCAGCCAGUUCUUAGUUGAGGGAGUAUGUUCUAUAGCAAGCUGUGUUGGAAGGGAGCUGGCUCCACAUGUGAAGAAGCACGGCAGCAAAUUAGUUCCAGAAUCCCUUAAGAAAGAUAAAGAUGGCAAAUCCACUUUUGAUGGUGCUCUGGUGGUAGCAGCAAGUGGAGUUCAAGGAUUUUCAACAGUGUGGCAAGGUUUAGAAAGUGCAGCUAAGUGCAUUGCUAAAAGUGUUUCAACUGAGACUGUAAAAACUGUCAAAUACAAAUAUAAAAAUAGGAGAGAUGGAGAUCAGCAGUCAACAGCCACUAAGACUGAAAAACAAUAAGUAUGGAGAAGAUGCUGGCCAUGCUACAGACAAUGCCAUGAAUUCUGCAAUCAACGUUGGUGUGACAGCACUUAACAUUGACAAUCUUGGUAUCAAAGCUGUUGUAAAGAGAACUGCAAAGGAAACCGGUCAUGCUGUGUUAGAUAACUAUAAAGUAUUAGACAGUGAGAAGAAAGAUAAAAAAUGAAAGCAAUGGAGUAUUUCUCAAAGCCUUACAUCAGAGAUGAAACUUCCUAUUUAGAAAUAACUACAUUGCUAAUCUGCAAUUUAACACAAAUCACAGUGUACUUCUCAAGCAACCUUUAUUUAGUUUGACAGGAAAAUGUAAAAGCAGGGAAGGCACUCAUGGAAAGGAAGAUGAAAAGUUGUCUUAAUUCUUUGUUCCAUGUUGAACGAGGCUAUUAAACAACUGGAUUAGAGCUUUAGACGACUGGAAAGAUAUGAGUUUGCAGUUAAUAAACUUGCCUCUGUAAGCACUUUUUCAAAAUAUAAAAUGGAAUAAUAUAUUAAUAGAGAAAUACUACAGUGGAUAUUUUUGUAAUGCUUUGUAUUUGUAAAGAAGGUGAUGAUAUAGAACUACUUGGAUUAUUAAUUCUGAAACAAAUAGGACUACUAGUUUUGUUUUUUAACCUUCUUUAAUAAUUUUACUAAAACAGCCUUCUCUUAUUUAAUAUGCACUACAAUAACCUUUGUGUUUCAGUGUUUUGUAGGAAAUUUCUCUUUACAGCUACCAAACAGCUAAUCUUAUCCAAAGUUUUUGUCAGAAGAAAUAAAAUAUGAACCUCAGGUAACUAGGUAGUUAGUCCCUUUAAAACUAUUUUUUUUUCCAUCCAGCAUAUAAGCAAACCAAAGAUAAUCAAGCAUUUUUUCUAAAAGAGGGUAUUUACAACUCUAGAAAAAUGUAUUCUCCAGUUGACCCCUAAGGAAUACGCAAAGAUUUUUUUGAAAUUGAGAUUUUUUGUGUAGAGAGGAUAAGUAUGUUUUUGCAUAAAUUAUUUUUCUGUGAAAACAUUCUGUAGAGGACACUAGGAACUUCUAUGCAUUCUGUACUUUUCAGCCAAUCUAGAAGGAUUUGGAGUAUAUAUAUCAUAGCCUCCUAAUGAGAGGCAAUUAUGUAUUUGCUUCAACAAGUAGUUCUAACAGCAUCUUUAUUCCAUUAAAUUCAUAGUUGCACAAGGUAAGUCUUUAAAGAGUGUGAAGACAAGGCCUUUUAAUGAAGAGAUGGGUGUGAAAUAGACUAGACGUGACCAUGUAGGUUUUUCAUCCUGUUCCUAGUGAAGUGUGAAAUAACUCCAUAUGUAGAACCCUUGAGAUUAUUAAUUAAUUAACUGCUACUUAAUUAACAAUACAUUAUUGAGUUUUAAAGCUGAUGCAUGUUCUAAUAUUGGCUGUACCUGCAACAAAGGCAACACCAUCAAUUUACAGCUUCUCUCCAUUUCAUGUAAAUUGAGAAAAUACAUAAAAAUGGUUGAUAGCAAAGGCUGUUUGCAUCAUAUUGAAAAAAUACAGUUACAACUAACAGGUGCACAUUUUGUGGUAGCCACUGUAGGUGUUUACUUUGGAUGAAAAAUGUGAAACAAAGGAUCUAACCACUUGAAGUGUAACUUUGAUUUAUGGAAAUAAAGAUGAAAGUAAAAUUGGUUAA